UACUGAAAAGUUUAGUAAAACGAAAAACGGAACUGCGUAGAACUAGCAGCCGUUUGGAUUGAAUUCAAGUCUACUCUGCCGGACCCACAAUAGCUUGUAGCCAAAAACCCAAACAAAAUUCCACGUAAAAUUCAAAGGGCACACGGAAUCCGGCAUCAAUCCCGCACGCCCGCAGAGCAGAGCAGAUCUCCUCCAGCCGCCAGCGAAAGUGAGUUUACCUUGGGAUCGGAUCGGAUCGGAAACAGCAGCGAUUGCCAGCAGAUUCUACGCAUUUGCAGAAGCCUAUGAUAUAAUAAUGUCGCGCUCUCUGAGUCGUGUACUGAUCCCCCUCGGACCCGGGAAUUGGCCCACCAACAGUCUACGCCAACUCCUCAGCGGCCAGGUGACCACCCAGCCCACCAUCCCGGUGGCCAGCUACUCCAAGCGAAACGGACCGCCCUCAGAUGCAGGCGAGCCCUUCAAAACGGUGUCCAAGUCGCGCGACCUCGACGGCGACGAUGAACUGAACAGCCUGGAGAGCGAGCCCAACUGGGAGUUGACAGCGGCCAGAAGCAAUCGCUUCUACCUGCCCAAUGCCACCGGACCCGCCUGGCAGGGUGACACCACCACCGUCGGCCUGCUGACCCCACUCGGCCAGCUGGUCAACUUCCUCAAGGAGGCUAAUGCGGACAAGUCGCGCCUGGAGUUCGCCUGCUGCCAGUGCCCCAUGCUCAUCCGCGACUCGCUCGUGGAGCUCUUCCCAGUGCGCGUCGUGGCGCAGCGGGACUCGUCCAUUACCAUGCUCGUCCUGAGCUACGAAGGAGACAUCGAAAUGGGGGCCGCCAAGUUUGUACUGGCUGCGCGGGACAUGUGCGAUCGCCUGCUGUCGCUGGGCUACUGGGCGGACUUCUUAAACCCUUUCAGCGGACGACCCUACUUCAUGCCGCGGGACGGGUCCAAUCUGUACAAGCAGGAUCACCGUUUCCGCGGACUGAAUAUGCGCCUGUCGCAGCAAAACCACUGCACAGUGAUUGCCGCCGAGGAGAACGAUCGCACCCACUUCUCGGGCACCAUUUACUGCACGGCGCCGAAUCACUACGGCCAGCUGGUGGAGUUGCUGGUGCCGCCGCAGCCAAAGCCGCACAAGGUGCCCCAAUGACGUGGAUGGCAUCGAGUCAAUGAUGUAGCUGACGCCUUUUAGUGAUGAUGACUGUGUUAACUGUUUAGGUUUUCUGUUCCGACACUGUAUAUAGCCGACAAAUGCUUGUGUUAUAUAUGCUGCGAAAUAUAAUCGAUAAGAAUGUUGA